AUGUUUCCAGACGAGUGCCAAGUGCUGACGCCGGAGGUGCACCGACACCUUCAGGCAAGAUGGAGUUUGUGGUUCGAUCAGACAAGAUGUGUUGACGGCGUCUCGAUGGCUGACCAGGAGUGCUUGUCUAGCGGGCGCGUCAGUCGCCGCCCAGAUCCAUUGCGCAUGCAGGCCUGCAAGCUAAUGAUGGUCUGCCGUUCCGAUUCACCCUCUGUUCCUUCAAUUUCAAGUGAGCUUCCGCACAUUCCAAAUUCCGCAGCAAUCUACACAUGCAAACCGCAGAAAGGUAGCAAACCAUGGGCUUUGGGAGAAGGGGUAAGUAAGCCGUGUAUGCAGGCGGGCGAGCAGAACGUUCUGCGAAACAUGGAACCUGCCCCAGGUCGCGCAGCACAUAGAUGGUCCUAG